UCCCUUGAAAGAAAAGAAAGAAGGGAGGGUGCUCACGUCGGGGUGGGCUCGCAUCGCCCAGGUAGGCUGGUCCCUUUGUGUAGCUGGGGAGGGCGCCUCCAUCGUUGGUUCUCCUCCUCCUCUUCCUCCCCCCACGUGCUUUAAGGAGAAAAGGGGCCGCCCCAGGCAAGACUCUCGCCUCCUCGCCCGACCCUGCUGCUGCUGCUGCUGCUGCUGCUGCAUGCGUGUCCUCCUCCGAGUCCCUUUUCCAGGCUGGCACCGGGGGGGUCGUCGUCAUGGCACAGGUGGGGCACCGGGUGGAUUACCUGGCGGGCUUCUGUUGCCCGGUGGGGGGGCUGGCGGCUGGCAAGCCCCGCGUGCUGUGCCAUGAGAACCAGAUUUACCUCUCCAACGGCACCGAGUUCGUCUACGUUUACGACCAAGAGGGGAGGUUGAUGAAGGCUGUCUACAGGUUUCCCGAUCAAGUUUGGCACGUGGAGCUCCUGCCUCUCCACCAGCAGCUCUAUAUCCUGUGCGCUGGAGUUGGUAUUUACUGUGUUUCCUUGGACUACCAAAGCAGGUUAGCGAAGCGGGCAGAUGGCGAGGAGAACGACUGCUUCUCCAGCGUCCUCCCCAUGGGCUCCGACACCUGCACCUUCCCCGACGCCACGCUUUGCACCUUCACGCUGCUCAACGACGUCCUGGUCACCCUCUCGCAAGUCCAGGGGAAGUGGUGCAUGAAGCUACACAACCUCCCGGGCCCUGAGGACCGGGGGAACUUUCCACGCCAACCGAUAAGCCAUGUGGAUAUCACCACCAGCACAAACAGCGACGGGGACCUGUCUCUGGCGCACUUCCUCCCCGUCCUGUGUUGCGCCUCAUCCCCCAGCGCCACCGACCACAAGGAAGGCCUGCGCCACUCGGGGGGCUUCGUGCUGGAAGAGCCUCUCUUCAGCCUCCUCUUUGGCGUCGAUGCGGCCAUGCUGGAUUCUCCCAUGAUCCUCUGCGGCUUCCCAGACGGGCAGCUCUGCUCCGUGCCCUUGAAGGCCCUGAGCUCUCCCGACAACCGCAGCUGCGAAGAUUCGCCCGUCAAGAUCCUCCACCACUUGGAGGAGCCGGUUGUCUUUGUCGGGGCCCUGAGGACAGAGCGGAGGUCCCCGGAGGCAGAGGAGCUGCCCGCCUACGGAGACUUGGGCUGCGACUGUGUCGUGGCUCUGGGUCACUAUGGCAAAAUGGUGGCCAUCAAGGCAGCUCAGGGAGAGGAAGUCAAGGUGCCAGAGCUCCGCGAGUAUUGCCUGCAGGGGCCCGUCCUGUGCGCGGCGUGUAGCGGGGGAAGCCGCAUGUACUACAGCACCCAUUCCGACAUCUAUGCCGUCGACUUGGACAGCAACAUCCCGGAGGCUGAGAAGGUGGAGGACGCGGCAGGGACCCUUCCGUCCGCUCUGUCUCCCGCCAGCUUGAGCAUCUGCAGUGUGGUGGCGCUCUCCUUGUCUUCCCGGGAGUCGGAAGGUGAGUCCGAGCUUCUGGCGUUAUCUGCUAAAGGCCGCCUCAUGACCUGCGGCUUGUGCAGCCCGGAUGAUACGCAGCCUUUCAAGAUGAACCCUGACAAAGCUGGGCAGAGGAUCAAGGAGCUGCUCUCUGGGAUAGGCCAUGUCUCUGAAAGAGUGUCAUCGUUGAAGAAGGUCGUGGACCAGAAGAACCGCGCUCUGACGUGCCUGAACCAGGUGAUGAACGUGAGCGCGGCUUUGCUGUCCGGCCAGAGCAACCAGAAGCCCAUCACUUGCACCAUCACCACCCACUGGAGCCACAUCCUGGUCCAGGACAGCUUGGCGGUCUCCUGCGUUUUGGAGAACGCCAGCGAGUGCACCCUGGAGCGUGGCUGGACCUUCUGCGUCCAGCUCUUCGCCAGCUCUUGCGACUUCGAAGAGGACUCCUCCGAUUCCGCCACCACCUACACCUUCCCCAUAGACCAGCUCCUCCCCGGGAACAAGACGGAGGUGACUCUCCCGCUGGGCCCCGCCGAGGGCUCCAAGCUGGAGCUGCCGUUCAUGGUCUCCUGCUCUCUCUACUACAGCCUGCGGGAGAUCCUGGGCACUGUCUCGGAGUCCACCGACCUGCUGGACGACCUGCUCUCCGACGACUCCACGGGCCUCUCCCCGGACAGAGAGGGCAUCUGCCUGCCCCUGAAGGAAGUCACCAUUGACCUCCUGCAGUGCCUCCGCUUGGGCGGCAGCAUCUCUGAAGCCUCCCCUCCUGCGGCUGCCCUCCCCCUCCCUGCGGACCCGCUCGACACCUUCCUGAAGCUGUCCCAGAUGCAUUCUGACCUCGAGAGCGUCGGAGGCGGCGACGAGCUGGUCCCAAGAGCUCUCAGCCCUCUGGGAGAGGCAUACUUGGCUCCCUCCGUGGCCUCCAUCAAGGUGUCCUCGGAGCUGCUGAGAACCACCCUGAAGGACUUCUGCGCAGAUGUCUCGCUCUGCUGCGCUGUGCUACGAUGGCUGCUGGCAGAUAACGCCGAGGCGGAUGCCCUGCGGAGCCAGGAUGCAGCAGCCGUGCGGGGGCUGGCCCCAGAUGGAGGCGAAGUGCAGUUGAACAUCCGAGAGGUGGCUGUCAGUGACCUGAGCCCAGCAGGACCCAUCCAAGCGGUGGAGAUCGUAAUCCAGAGCUCACCAAUGGAAAACAUGUCCCAACUGCACCAUGCUGUGGUCAGGCGCAUUCAGACACUGAUUCUGGAGCAAGCAGCCGAGGACUCUUCUCCCCCAGACAUCCGUGUGCAGUACCUCCACCAGAUCCAAGCCAACCACGAGGUGCUGCUAAAAGAGGCACAGUCCCUGCGUGACCGCUUGUGCCUGGGGAACGAUCCGGAGGCGACGGUGGAGAAGCUCUUGCACGUCUACCAGCAGCUGCGCAACCCCAGCCUGGUGGUCCUGUGAGCGGGGUGUGUGCCGUGGCUCUCCAUCUUUAGUGCACCUCGGACGGCUGCGCAUACUAUCUUUGCCCUGCGCCGGUGGAAUGAAGGGAGCAGCUGGCUGUACACCUUGCAGGCGGACCGAGGGCUGGAGCAGAGGCAUGGCAGGGAGGAGGAGGAUGAGGAAGGGGAUUCCAGCUGGGCAUGCCCUGGGGAGAUGGGGUGUCUGGCUGGGUCUGCUCUGUGGAGACCCGGCCUUUUUAAUUUAUUCUCCUUUUCCCCUGUCCCUUUCUCCACUCACCCACCCCAUUUCAAUGUGAUUUUUCCCACCACCACCCCCGGGUUCUGAAUCCCUGCCCAUUCCUGGCAGAUCUGAUUGGUUUGUCUUGGCAGCCUCGCACGCAGGCAGAGCCGUCCAAGCAGACGGCCUCUGUGGAUGCGUGUCUGUGGUGUGUGUGUGUGUACGUGCGUGUGUGUGUGUGUGUUACUUGGAUGGCCGACAAGGUGCCGUUGGUGGGUGUGGGUGCCGUGUUGUGGAAUCACACUGGACCGUUGCUAGUUUAGCUUCUUUAGCUUUCGGUGACAAGUGGCUUUGCUGUGCCAGGCCUGGGGGGGGGGGC